CCCCCCGCCCCCGCCCCCCCCUCACCCUUUCUCAACUUCCAUAUUCUUUUUGACUUUUUGUAUUCGACCGAAUCGAAACCCUUUUCGGUAUUUCUCGCCGGCGAUGAGCCCCCGUCAAUCCUCCAAGAAUUAAGGGCUAGGCUUAGUGUUAGGGUUUAGGGUUUGGGAUUGGGUCUACGAGGAUGUCGCAGAACGGGAAGCUGACGCCCAACCUUGAUCAGCACAGCACCAAGGUGCUCAACCUCACCGUCCUCCAGCGGAUCGAUCCCUACGUGGAGGAGAUCCUAAUGACCGCCGCCCACGUCACUCUCUACGAAUUUAACAUAGAUCUCAACCAAUGGGCUAUUGCUUUCUGUUUAUGGCAGAGCCGCAAGGACGUGGAAGGAUCGCUCUUCGUCGUCAAGAGGAAUACACAGCCUAGAUUUCAGUUCAUUGUCAUGAACCGACGCAACACAGAUAACCUGGUGGAGGAUCUCUUGGGAGAUUUUGAGUAUGAAGUCCAGGUUCCAUAUCUAUUGUACAGAAAUGCAGCUCAGGAAGUUAAUGGAAUAUGGUUUUACAACUCACAUGACUGUGAAGCAAUCGCAAAUCUUUUCAGCAGGAUACUUAAUGCAUAUUCCAAAGCCCCCCAAAAGCCUAAAGUAUCUUCAACAAAAAGCAGCGAGUUUGAGGAACUGGAAGCUGUUCCUCAUUUAUCUGUCAUUGAAGGUCCACUAGAGCCACCAAAAGCAUCUGCCACUGCACCAGUUCCAGAUGUUUCUGAUGAUUCAUUUGUGAACAUCUUCAGUGCAGCUACGAGUAUUGGAAAUGCAUCAAAUGCAGUGGUUGCAGCACAACCACACCAACCUUCUGCACCUACCCCUUUAUCUUCACACACACCAAGUGUUACUCCAUCCCCAUUGCGAACAAUUCAAUCCACCCCUACUCUGCCAACUUCAUCUACUUCUGUGAUGCCUGCUGUUGAUGCUCAUGAAUCCAGCGGUGGCAGUGAUAGUCAUGCUACAAAUCUUGUUAAACCUUCACUUUUUUCAGCUACACCAUCUUCUGCAUUGAUGAUGCCACCAAUUUCAUCUUCCAUGCCGACUGCCCCACCACUUCAUCCUCCUGUGACCAUGCAGCACCCAUAUGGUACUCUAUUACUUCAACCCUUUCCACCACCUACACCUUCUUCACUCACUCCAGAUCCAAACUAUGGCCCAGUUGUUACAAGAGACAAAGUCCGUGAUGCAUUGGUGAGGCUUGUGCAGAAUAACCAAUUCAUCGAUAUGGUAUUUCGGGAGAUGCUGAAUGCACAUUAUUCAUGAUAGACCUCGUUUGUUCAUGCAGCCUCUUUGUCGUGUGCUUUAAAGAUAGGCCGGUGUAAAUCAUUUGAGUGGUAGCUAGCUAGUCGUGGGAACCUUUUUUUACCAAGCUUCUUAUCUGCCAGCAGAAGACUGAAUGUGUGAUUGGCUUAAGUAACUCCCUGAAUGUGAAUAUAGUAGAAUUGGCCGUCUCAAGUUUCUUGCUUGACAGCAGCCAAUCUCUUGCUGACCAAAGAUGCUUCAUAAUUCUUGCAGUUCAUAGAUACUAGUUGUGAGUUUGUGCUUUUAUAACAAGUCUAUCUCUAAGUCCAAUGAUUGACUGUUCUAAAUUUU